GCAAAACCUUAAAUGAGUUUUAAAAAAAUGAAGAAAAAUAAAAUAUAUGUUUUCUUAUAUAAAAAUAUAUUUGCAUUUUACGUAAACUUUAGAGGCUAGAAGGUGGAAAAAUCACACGUAGUUAUUUUUACAAAUUUAAAUUCAGGUUAUUUUUACAGCUUUAUUGAUUAUAGAUGAUCUGAUCAUGUUUAUUGUGUUUUUUUCUUCAGAAGUGACGGUGAGAAACUGGGAGCUGAAACGCUGUGAGGAAAACGCCGCCGUUUGUGUGACGGAUCAGAGAGACUGCAAACGUUUAGUUUCUGCUGCUGCUCACAAGACUCUGAACAUGUCGUGUUUCUACCAGAAAUCCUCAGACGGCGGUCCAUCAGUGACCUGCAGCUGGAAGCAGGAAUCAAACCAGAACUACAAACCGGACACUUCACUGGUGUUCACCCGUCGAGGUAGAGUCUCGUACUGUUCAGGAAUCUUCAACCCGGCCGCCGUCCUCAACGUCUCUGUGAGGAUGAAGAACUUCCAGACGGGAGCAGAAGCCUGGUCUUGGCCUCACACCAUGUUCCUCUACGAAGCAGUUAAACCCUCCAGGCCUUCGUUGGCUCUGAUCGGAUCCUCUGAAGACUCUCUGGUGGUGUCGGUGAAAAGCAGCAGCGAUGGAAGCUGCAGGCUUCGAUAUAAAGCCAACAACGCUCAGCAGUGGACUCUGCUUCCAGAUUCUAUUUCUGUUGGUGCCGACCGUCAGCUGAUCUUCACCAUCAAACAUCUCCAGACCUUCAGCGUCUACAGAGCUGCUGCUUCCUGCAAACUGGAGGUCGGCUUCUGGAGCGACUGGAGCGACGACAUCAGCGGAAAAACUCUGGACAGGGCUCCUUCGAAACCUCCAGAUGUUUGCUACAGACUCGAGAAAACCAACUCUAAUGGAUCUUUACUGCUUUUUCUCAUGUGGAAGGCUCCUGACCCGGGUGAUGCUGGAGGUCGUAUCCUUGGUUACCAGGUGAGCUGUGACGGGUCUGUUCAGAACGUUACCGGGGCGAUGGCGCUUCUGGUGGUAGAGGAGGGGAACUGCAGCGUCGCCGCCUUCAACACGGCCGGACGUUCACCUGCUACUCACCUGAAGGUGGACCGGAGACGAGGAGAUCUUCCCUCCAUCAGGAACUUGUGGGUUUCCAGCUCGUAUCCAGAUGAAGAAGCUCUUCUGGUCCGGUGGAAGCUUCCCAUCAGUCCAUCUUCUGUCCCACCUAUCAGCUACUUGAACCUUCGGUGGAGCUCUGAGUCGAAUCCGUCCACCAGCCGCUGGUCCACAGUGGACGCUUUCUCCUCCUCCACUCUGAUUAAAGAUGUGGGCUCUGCUGAAUCCUACCUGAUCACCGUGAUUCCUGUUUACCAUCACCUCUGUGGACGACCUCAGUCUCUCUCUGCUGACCUGAAGCAUGGAGCUCUGUUGGAGGUCGUCGGUCUGAAAGUCGCUGCUGUAAAUAAAACAACAGUAACCGUGAAGUGGGCGUGGCAAAGGAGGUCUGGACCAAUCAGAGUGCGGCGCUACAGCGUGAUGCUGAGGACGGACUCUGACAAUCAGAAUGUGUCUCUGUGGCCCGACCAAUCACGGCACACCUUCUUCAACCUGACGCCCUACACGCAGUAUUCUCUGCUCCUAUUGGCCGAUGACGUCACCAGGAGCAUCGUCCCCGUGACGACAGAUUUCGACGAGCUUCCAGCUGUUGCCACGGCGACUCCUCUGCUGUUGCUGGCUGCCACCGUCUUCAUCAUCUCCAUCCUCUCCAGGACUGUGUACAAGUCGUACUUCUUCCCUCCCAUCUCCAGCCCUCGAGGAAGCACCUCAGGCCAGUGGCUGAUGGACCCAAACCUCCAGAAAAGCAUAGACAGAAACAUCCUGGAGAUCGAAGACUUCCAGGUGAGAGAUGUUCUCGGAGAUAAAAGUCUCAUCACGCUGAACCCGAACCCUCUGCUGCCGUCAGAGGAGACGCAUGAAGACUCGCCUUUACCCGUCCAGCUGUCCGUCCAGCUGUCCACCCUCAAACUGGACUCUGAGUACGUUUCUGAAGCUCCACAGACCUCAGACCAGCAUCGACAUGAAGCUCACAGCCGGUUUAAUCAGAAAGAGGAGCAGCUCGACGUCUCCAAACGACACUUUGAUGAGUUUGAGGCUCAUCAGACGAGCUGUGAGGAAGAGUUUCUGCUGAACUCUGAAGCCCAAAACGAACACGGCGACGGAUCUUAUCUCAUCUGUGAGACGGAUUACGUCACCAACAGCUGCUUCAGGGCGAUGGAAACAACAGCUUCAGCACCGCGUGAGCUCAGAGGCAAACAGGGAACGGCAGAUUAAAGAGCUGGUUCCCUCUAGUGGCUGUAAAGUUACACUGCAGAGAGACUCCAAAUGCCCAGACAGAAGCAAAAAUCAAUGUAAAGCCAACUUAGAGGAAACAAACCACUGCAAACUGAGCCAAAGAGACUCAAAGCUGCCACAUAUGAGAUGCAAAAUAACAAAGAGUUGAAAAAUCACCGUUAAAAAGAUGGAAAACGACUGUAAAGAGACUCAAAAUGAGCAGAGACAUCUGCAAACCAACACGAAAGAGAUGCAAAAUGAGCACAAAGCAAUGCAAAAUGACUGCAAACUGAGCCGAAAUGACUACAAAGACUAAAAACAACUAUAAAUAAACUGGAAAUGAGAUGCAAAAUGGCUUUAAAGGGAUGCAAAUGCACCACAAUGAUAUGUAAAGCGACUGCAAAGCAAUGGAACUGGCUGAAAACAGACACAAACAGAUGGGAAACUAUGGGAAACUAUUGCAAACUAUUAAUUAAAGGCAUGUUUUCCAAACUAGUGUUACCUUAUGACUGUAAAAUUACAACGUACAGAAUAAAAAUCACUACAAAGAGACUCAAAAAUGUCCAGAAAGAUGCACCAACCAACCAAAAACCAAACACAAAACCAACUUAAAGAAGACAAGCAGAUGUACACCCCCUUUUGAGACAGUUUCUCAUUCAAAUAAAUUACAACCUGUCUCAAAACUUUUGACAGGGGGUGUAAAAGCACUGAAAACUGAGUCAAAGUCAACACAAAGACACAAACAAACCAAACACAAAACCAACUAAACCAAGGGAAAAAGCAUCUUGAACCACAAAAGCUAGCAUAUUUCUAGAUAGUCUACUCCAAGCAGAAGUGUCUCAAAGUUGUUCUACAAAUAGAAGUAAGAUUUUUUUUAUUUUUUUAUAGCACUUUCAAACACCAUGUAGACAUAAAUCUGGACUCAGAGCAGACUCAUCAUACAGUUUCUGUGAUUUCUUUGGGAGUUUUUGCUGCAUUAGCGUUCAUUCAGAACCACAAACAAACACCACAAAUGUCUGUUUAAAUAGUUGUGGUUCUUGAAAGAUAAAACACACCUUCACAUGAAUUAGAAAUUAAAAAACAAAGUGAAAUUGAAACUGAAGGCAACGUUGAAUGGGCAAAUCAAGGUGUGACACAGAAGUGAAAGUGAGAAGACAUACCUGACCAGUUACAAGGAUCAUGUCACAGAGUUUGUAGAAGUGGUACAGUCGAACAUAGAGUGUUUUUCAGAGUUAUAGUGUGCUUUAUAAGGAGGCAAAACAACACAGACUUUCUGGAUUAAUCCAGUUAUCUUAGCUAGUGCUACAGCUAGCUAAUAUAGCAUGACAUUAGUAGCUUAACAGAGGCAGCUAGUUAGCAUGUCAGAUUGAAAAUAAUACAUUUAUUCUGCCAGUGUGCUGUUUUGUCAGCUUCCAUAGAUCCCCAUGUCCAGUGCUCCCAUUUCCUGUAGUUCCCCAUUAUCUCCAGUAGGUGUCGCCCUUGCCUUAUUCCUAGUAGAGUGCCUGUAUAAUGAGAGUGGCGACAACUGGGGAUUUGAAGCCAUUUUGUUUCCAUUCACUCAAUAUGGGACGCGCAGCGCGAGGUGCACAUUCACGAAAACUAUGGAUUGUUUACUGAUUUCAAGACAUGUUUUGGACAAAAUAAUUUACUCGCUUGUUUUGUCUGGAUGUCCAAGGUUGGAUUAUAGCCGUUUUUAGUGGAAUAUUUUCAUCUGUGACUAGUUUUGAGCCUUCAAAGGUGAGUUGUGCUGUUUACGUUAUUUGCUGUUUGUUGGACAAAUGUGUUUAUAUUACCCGCUGUGGUAAUCACAUCUGAAAGUGGUUUAUACCGGCGGAUUCAUGAGAAUCUAAGCUUUCCAUGGGCGGAUAAUGUUUCUAUCAUCGAGCUUGCAGCUUCGGUCAAUUUAGUAAAAUACGUUUUCCCGUUCGCCUGUACGGUGCUGCAGCUGUUAGCAUAUGGCUAACAGCAUCCUCAUGCUAACGGCGGCUAACAGCCCAGAAAUGGGUGAACAACAGGGAGCCUGUUCGGGUCAUAUGAGGCUGAUAAGUGACUGCAGGUUGGACGGAAAACAGAAAAUAGGAAACAGAAAACUGUCAGCUGUUUGUUGAAUUGGAAAUCAUGUGAAUGAACAGGGAGGCUGUUGUCGAAGCUCAGAGGCCGCUGAAGUUUAACGGGUUACCCCGUUAAACUUCAGCGGCCCGUAUUUCAUGCAUCUCCAUGCAUGAAAAUGGUCAAAGUCAGAAUAACCACAACUGCCUAAAAUCACAUCAAACUUUUCUAUCUGUCAUUCACCCAUACAUCAUAACAUGAAAGUACAUACAUGGGACUAACCUGGCACAAAAAUCAUGAUGAAGUCGGUUUCCAUCCCACUCUCCGGACUUUAUUUUCCCACAGUUUCAUUCUUUCAGUACUCCUGGGAAAUCUAAACAUGUGUAAUCCCUUCUCCGAUCGAUUUGUGCACCCAAAGGCACAACAGCCCGUCAUUUUUCAGGUAUUUAGGAAGCCAAAAAAGUCCUAGAAUUACUCUGCGUUGUAAACAACGUUAACAGGCAUAACCGGCGUUCAUGAAUAGGAAAAAAAAUGGCUCCUAUAGACCACGUGACCAAAAUUUUUUGGACCCGUCAUGUCGCCACUCUCAUUAUAUAGGCACUCUAAUUCUAAGUAGGGAAAGGGUUUAACUGUGAAUAAAUGACUGAAUCUUU